AUGUUCAAGAGGUUUGGUAAAAAGAAAGAGGAAGUCGCCGAUAGCAAUAAGAAGACAUUGGUUAAAGUGGACACGCCCAUCGCAGAAUUGCCUGAAUCUAUACAUCCACCUAAAUCUGUAAAGCUUACGUCAGAACAACAUGAAAAAUACAUCACAGUGCUAAACCAUUUCAAGAAUCCCGAUUUAAUGAUCCCAAUGACAGAAAAAAAUCGUAAUGAUACCUCUGAUCUUAUGCCUCUAUCGAUAUUUGAAAAAGCUUGGAUCACGAGAGAAUGUAUAUUGCGUUAUUUAAGAGCCACAAAAUGGGUUGUUAAAGAUGCAAUUCAAAGAAUCAUCCUGUCCCUUGCAUGGAGAAGAGAGUUCGGUAUCAAUAAUUUCGGUGAAGAAAAUGGCGAUAAAAUCAACUCUGAUUUAGUCGCAAUAGAAAAUGAAAGUGGUAAACAAGUCGUCUUGGGAUAUGAAAAUGAUGCUAGACCCAUCCUAUAUUUGAAACCUGGUAGACAAAAUACAAAGACUUCACAUAGACAAGUUCAACAUUUAGUAUUCAUGCUUGAGAGAGUCAUUGAUUUUAUGCCUCAAGGUCAAGAUUCUCUAGCAUUAUUAAUAGACUUCAAAGAAUAUAGCGAUGUUCCAAAAGUAACGGGAAACAGUAAAAUACCACCAUUAGGUGUAGGUAAAGAAGUCUUACAUAUCUUACAGACACAUUAUCCAGAAAGAUUGGGUAAAGCUCUUUUAACUAAUAUUCCUUGGUUAGCAUGGUCUUUCUUAAAAUUAAUUCAUCCAUUUAUUGAUCCACAAACAAGAGAAAAACUUGUCUUUGAUGAACCAUUCCCCAAAUACGUCCCACCACAAGCAUUAGAUGCCACAUACGGUGGUGAAUUAGAUUUUAAAUAUGAUCAUGAAGUUUACUGGCCAAGUUUAAUAAAAAUAUCAAAACAAAAGAGAGAACAUUAUCUCAAAAGAUUUGAGAAGUUUGGUUCAGUUGUAGGAUUAAGUGAAUACGAUUUAAGAGGUCAUGCAGAUGAACUACUGUAUCCAGUGGAAGCAUAA